AUGUCAGCAAUCAAUCGGUCCCUGGAGCAGAGCAGGCUCGAGAUUAUGAUUCUCGCCAUUGGCGUCUUGGUCCUCGUCUCUCUGCUCGGCCUUUUUGUCUUUAUCAAUCUCCGGUUCAGACCGCACUACGAGCGCAAGGCGCGGCAAGAUGACUACGGCUACGAGGAAAAGCCCGUUGUCUCGUUUGCCGACAAUGCCAAGAGGGAGCUAGCCACCCUGACGCGCCGCGUCACAGCGUCUGCCUCAGUCGACGCAGCCGCCAGCGGACAGGACACCAAGUCCCUUCCAGGAUCAAGGCGCUUCCAGCUUGUGCCAUCUACCAACAGAGAAACCACCACUCAGGAACCGGUCCAGGACGACCAUGAGGAUAUGAAACCUGCGUCGUCUGGACACGGCGCAAGCCAUGAUGAAACUGGCCUGCAGAUUGUUAUGAUAUGA